AGCAGCAGCUAGCUCAGCAGUUUUGCGGAGGGUUUUAACCACUCCUCUCAGAAGAUGCGCUGUCUUUUAAUUUUGUAGUUAGUUUCUCCAGUGCAAAUGAGUCGGUAGAUGGUGGAAUGGUGUCGGACAAUGGAAACGGUUGACGUGUCGCUUAGAGAGCAACUUUUUCACAAUCGUGUUCGAGAAACCAUAAUCUGUGUCCUCCUGUUUACAUGCCUUUAUAUAGUGUCCUACCUCAUCCUCACCCACUUUAAGAAGACUGCAGAGUUUGUGACAGAUGAUAUUGAAGAUGCCACCGUCAACAAAAUUGUGCUGUGGUUGUGCACAUUCACCCUGUCUGUUGCGGUUUGUGCUGUGCUCCUUCUCCCCAUCUCCAUUCUGUCCAACGAGGUGCUGCUCAUCUUCCCACAGAGUUACUACAUGCAGUGGCUCAAUGGAUCUCUUAUCCGUGGUUUGUGGAACCUAGUUUUUCUCUUCUCUAAUUUGUCCUUGGUCUUCCUGAUGCCCUUUGCCUACUUCUUCACUGAGUCUGAGGGAUUUGCAGGAUCCAAGAAGGGCGUAAUGGCACGAGUGUAUGAAGCAGUUGUGCUGCUGUUGUUGCUGGCACUGCUGGUAUUUGGCAUUGUGUGGGUGGCAUCAGCCCUCCUACAUGACAGUAUGGCCAGGAAGAGCCUCUAUGGUGAGUUGCCUGUAAUAUACCAGAAAUCCUUUCAUUUUCAUUUAUUUAUUUUGUUUGUUUGUUUAUAUUUAACCAGGAAAUGGGAAAUUAAAAUUGUUCUUUCUUUGCAGCUGUUGGAAAAUAUCGAAGAGACUUGGAGCUGCACCACAUUUGAGGAAAACUCUCUCUCCAGGAAACUCAAUUGUGGUGGUACAUCAUGCUGGGUCAGAUUGGACACGGAGGCGAUAAGGACAAAGUAUCAAACUGUUCAUAGCAAACGCGUUGCUUUGGACACGCGUCGGAAAGCUUCUCCAUGGCAGAGAAAUCUUGGAUACCCACUGGCUAUGCUUACGCUCCUUGCACUGACGGUGAUUUGUGUUCUGAUGGUCUGUUUCAACGUGUUUGAGUUGAUUUUUGAUGAGUCAGCUAUGCCCAGAGGAAUGGAGGACCCUCACCUGGGAAUGGCUUCCUUUUCCAUGUUCGGCUCACUGGGUGCUGCAGUUCAAGUCGUCCUCAUCCUCUAUCUCAUGGUGUCUUCAGUGGUGGGCUUUUACAGCUCUCCUCUUUUCACCUGCUUGUUGCCUCGCGCACAGGACACCAACCUCACACAGAUAAUUGCAAACUGUGUUGCACUUCUUAUUCUGAGCUCGGCGCUGCCUGUGUUUUCACGCACACUUGGGAUCACCCGCUUUGACCUGCUGGGAGACUUUGGCCGUUAUAACUGGCUGGAGAACUUCUACAUCGUCUUCCUGUACAAUAUGAUGUUUGCAGGCCUCACUUCUGCCUCCCUCAUCAAGACUGUCACCUGGGCAGUCCAGAGAGAGCUCAUCCGUGCCUUUGGUCUCCACAGACUGCCUUUAACCAUGUCACGCUCCACAGUCCCCUUCAGACUCCUUUUGGCCAGCGGACUCUCUAAAAUGCAUUGACUAUCUCUCUCAUAACAGCCUUUUUCUUAACCCUGAGAACCUGAGCUCCUUAAAACAUACACAACUGGAUAAAAAAAUCGUGUACGGCUCAGCCUUUUCAGAUUGGGUUGAGUGGUCUCGUGAAGAAGCUGGAGUUUGCACUGCAUCCAGUGGAACCUUUGCCUGAAAUGGUUUACCACUAUAUCAGGCUCUGUGUUUUUGUGCAAAGAAGGACUUGCAAGAAUGUGUAUAUCCCAGCUAACCGACGGAGGAGGGCAGUCAGAAUUUUGAACUUUUCCCCCGUUAACACAUAACAUCAUAAGGCAAUGAUGUUGAAGAAAGAGACAGAUGUGAACACAAUUCAAAGCAGAUCUGGGUCACCAUUAAUAUGCAUUCAGUUCUUCCCUUACCCAGGGACCAUCUCUUUUGGACCAUCUCAAAAGGACAUCACCUUUUGAGAUAUCUUGCCUGCACACAAACACAAUAAACUCCGCCCUCCUCUGUUGACAUUGGUUAUUGUGUGUAUGAAAGGAAGAGGAAUGAAAGGGAUUGAUAUUAACCAAGCAACGCCGUCACAGUGCUGCUGCUCUGUUGACAUUCAGUAUGUGAAAGUCAGAGUUAUUUUGAAAUAUUACAUAGUCGCUGUGACACAGUUUCCUUUUCCUGCUUUGCUUGAUUGAGUGCCCUCUCGUCUGCGGCCUCCCCAUGCUUUCCUCUCUUGCGUACCAGUAUUUUUAAGACCAGGAAUGUGACUGCCGUGUAUUUUAUGGGGAACUAUCGGCAGUGGGGCUUUUAUAUUGAUAAAUAUUCUUACCAGAAUCAGAGUCAUUCUGCAGCUCCACAGGAAAUACGAGUGAGGUACAAGUCUCAGGGCUUGAGCAGCUUUGCAAGCUGACAUUAUGUUUAAAGUGCAUUUAAUGGUGGUUAUACAUGAGAUCUUGUUGUUGCCUUACUAAGUCUCUUGACCACUACAUUGAGAAAAAGAAAACUAUAGUUUGUCUUGUGCAAGAUUGCUGAAUGAUGCAAACCACAAGGAGGAAUUUCUGCCUUUGACCAAUCAGACUGUGAUUUAUUUAGAAAACGGAGGGGGGAAGUGCAAUAGAAGAGUUUUUUAUUAUUAUUAUUAUCAUCUUUGUUAUAUUUUGGGAGCAUUGGGUGAGUUUUUAGGGGUGGGACCUGUAACCCUGCUCCUGUAGAAUAUCUGACCUGCACAUUUUCUUUCGUUCUCAACUACAGCUUUCAUAAUCUGGCGUAUUCAACCAAUCAGUAGCUGCCAAAGACCAGACUUGGCUAAUCAGGUAUGUGUGGACCAGGGAAUGACAGAAAAUAUGCGGAGCAAGUGCUUUCCAUGGUCAGACACUCUACAGGUGGUUACAGAUAUUUUAAGCCAAAAGCAAAUGUGACUAUCAAUCUGUAUGAUCCUGUCCGUCACUUUAUUUUGUAAUGAUGUACUUUCUGUAAUGUUUACCGAGUUUGUCAUUAUCCUUAAUGUGAUGGUGAUCCUGUGACACCGGCAGCCUUUGCUGUAUCAGCAGGUUUAUUAUUGGUUACGGUGACCAGCAGGGGGCAGUGUGUCUCAAACCGUGUGUGUGUGUGUGUGUGUGUGUGUGUGUGUGUGUGUGUGUGUGUGUGUGUGUGUGUGUGUGUGUGUGUGUGUGUGUGUGUGUGUGUGUGUGUGUGUGUGUGUGUGUGAGAGAGAGAGAAUUGUGAGGUUAUGUGAAAACCUCCGAGGUUUACUAAGUUCAUGCUGGCUGGGAUUUUUUCUUUUUGUUUUUUAAUGUUUUGGGGUGACAGUUGAUCGUGUGCUGUAUGACAUUAUGGGCAUGUUGUUGGAAUGGAGCAUCUGUAUGUCGCAUGUUCAUUUAUGAGUGAUUGUUUAAAAAAUAAUGUGUGAUUUGGUUGAGACAGUCUUUUGAGUUUUUGCAGGUGGAAAUGGUGGUAUAUGAUUUGAUUUUGAAUGGUGUCUUCUUAAAACACUUUUAAACUAUUGUUGUGAGCAGAAAGCAAUAAAAUGUCUGUUUUUAA